AUGGAUGAGAAAAAUGUUACUGGGGUGAAGGAAUUCAUCCUUUUGGGAUUCACAGAAGACAUGGUGUCACAGUGGGUACUCUUUUUCAUCUUCCUCAUCAUUUAUGUCAUCAGUCUCCUAGGGAAUAUCACCCUGAUUUCUCUCAUCUGUGCUGAUUCUCGACUCCACACACCCAUGUAUUUCUUCAUAGGAAACCUGUCAUUCCUGGAUCUCUGGUAUUCUUCUGUCUAUGCCCCCAAAAUCUUGAUAACAUGCAUCUCUGAAGACAAAAGCAUCUCCUUUGCUGGGUGUCUGGCUCAGUUCUUUUUCUCUGCUGGGCUGGCCUACAGCGAGUGUUACCUACUAGCUGCCAUGGCUUAUGAUCGCUAUGUGGCCAUCUCCAACCCCUUACUUUACUCCCAGGCUAUGUCCCCAAGGUUAUGUGCCAGUCUUGUUGCAGCUUCCUAUGUUGGUGGCUUUGUAAACUCCACCAUUAUCACUAGUGAAACGUUUACCCUGAACUUCUGUGGAGACAAUACUAUUGACGACUUCUUCUGUGAUCUGCCCCCUCUUGUGAAGUUGGCAUGUGAUGAAGAGAGCUACCAGGCUGUGCUGUAUUUCAUAUUGGCCUCAAAUGUCAUCACCCCCACCGUGCUGAUUUUGGCCUCCUACCUCUUCAUUAUUGCCGCCAUCUUGAAGAUUCGCUCCACCCAAGGCCGCCUCAAGGCCUUCUCCACAUGUGGUUCUCACCUGACAGCUGUCACCUUGUACUAUGGUUCAAUUCUCUUCAUUUACUCCCGCCCGAGCACUAGUUAUGCCCUGGAGAGGGACAAAGUGGUUUCAGUGUUCUAUACUGUAGUAAUUCCAAUGCUGAACCCCUUGAUCUACAGUUUAAGAAACAAAGAUGUCAAGGAUGCUUUGAAGAAAAUGUUAGCUACAGCCAAGUUUUCAUAA